ACGCAGGUAGCGACAUGGAGAGGUACAGAGGACGCGUCGCCAUGGUGACGGGCGCCAGCUCGGGAAUCGGCGCCGCUAUCGUACAGGCCCUGCUGAGAGAAGGGCUCACUGUCGUGGGCGUGGCCAGGAGGAUCCACAGAGUUAAGGAGUUGGAACUGAAAGAUGCUUCAGGCCAGCUACACGCCAUAGAAGGCGAUGUCAGCAGCGAGGAGAGCAUAAUUUCAGUCUUCAAGUGGAUUAAAGAAAACCUGGGAGGCGUCGACAUUCUCAUUAACAACGCUGGCGUUACGGCAGAAGCACCUCCGUCUUCUGGCAAGACGGAAGACUGGAAGCGUGUCCUGGACGUGAACGUGCUGGGUCUGAGCAUCUGCACCAGGGAGGCCGUGCAGGACAUGCUGAGCAGGGGCGUCGACGACGGCUUCAUCAUCCACAUCAACAGUGUGCUGGGCCACGUUCCCGCAAUCGACGACGUGGUCGUCAUAUACUGCGCCAGCAAACACGCCGUCAGGGUGCUGCUCGAGGGGCUGCGGCUGGACCUGGUCGCCAAAAAGAGCCGCAUCCGUGUCGGGCAAAUAUCUCCGGGAGCAGUAAUGACGGAAAUUUGGGACUAUCAGACGAAAUUUUCGAAAGAAGUAGCCAUGGCGAUGCCGCACAUGCAACCAGAGGACGUGGCAGCUGCCGUGGUGUAUAUGCUAUCCCAGCACCCACGUGUUCAGGUUUACGACAUCAUAUUACGGCCUCCUGGAUCUGUGUUUUAGCUCACGAUGUCACACUUUGGCUGGUUUUUCAGAAGAUGGUCAUAAGCAGAAGUUAUUAAGCCUCUAUAAGCAACAUGUAAGACUAGUUUUUUGUCUAGACGAGAUAUGAAAAGAAUAUUCUCUGUUAUAUGUAACUCGAAGAAGAAAUAAAAGACGGAGAGCCAAGGACGUUACAACGAAUCACUCCUUACCACUGGUGACUGUAUGCUUUGUAAAUUACUGAAGGCGUGACGUGUCGGUUACAGCUUUCUACUGUGAUAUCCGUGGACGACUCGACGGGCUUCGUAAUUGUUACUGGAACAGUACCAAGAUGCGAAAAAAGGACGAAACU